UUGCUUCUGAAACAAAUAACUAACAAAAAAUAUAAAUCCAGAGGUAUUUAUGAAACAUUUGGGACUGUAGGUUUUGACAUUAAGGCUUUAGAUGCAACAUUUCUGUGAUAUUUGUGAGUUUUCUCAUCAUAAAAUGCAUUUAUCACACAGUUAAUUACCAGUAAAUCAAAGUGCGUGGUAAAACAGUCGGUAAUUUUAUGCUUCAGGCUGCAGAUUGUUGCUCACUACAACAGGUGCCGGUUUGCUGUGUUUCAGAAAGUUAAUCUGUAAAUCAGAUUGAGGAACAUUGACAUCCAUCUGAGUUCUCAGUGAAAUCCAGCAGACCAUCUGGACUCUAAGAGGAUAGAACUGGUUGUGUGUUAAUCUUUGCUUUGACUUCACAUGUUUUUCUCUCAGUGUUCAGACUGAGGUGAAGCUCUGAUUCUGGCUGCUUGGAAAGUUUGUGUUUAUUUUCUUAGAGGGAUAAAGAACAAGAUGUUUCGCUCAUGUUCUAUGGAGAACAAGGAGAUCAUGGCUCUGUAUGGAGGAGGACGAGAUGAGGACAGCAUCAGUGAGGAGGAUUCAGAGGGCGGCGAGGAGGGAAAGGGAGGCCGAGGUGUUCGCAGCUCGCUGUCUCUGGAGAUCUACGGUCUGCAGAGGGAGCGGCAGGUUUACUUCUCCAACCAGGAGUACUACAGGAGGCUGGAGGAGCUCAAGAGCGCCCACCUGAGGAACAUGGCCGAGCUCGAGAAGAUGUACAUUAGCCAGGACGACAGAGGCCAGAGAGGCAGCAACCAGGAGGACAGACUCUCCAUCAGUGGUCCAACCAGGAGGCUCCAGAGGAUUAAUUCUCAGGAGGAGUUGGACUUCCACGAAUCAUCGAGCGGUUCUGACCAAUCAGAAGUGAGUUUAGAGGACGGUCUGGGGGCGCUGCACUGGACCAGCCAGGACCGGACCUUUGAGAGUAACGUCCUGCUCAGUCCAGAACAGACAACGACCCAGAAACAGUUCCGGUUCCAGCUCAAGGCCUCGUGUCCGAAGCCACCGGGCCGACCAACCCGACCGAGCGGCGGCAGGAUUCGGCCCAACGCCAAGGUGACGGUGCCCAAACCCUUCCAGAUGAUGCUGAGGGAGGAGGAGAGGAAGAGGCACAAGGUCCGGACUCGUUCAGAAAUCGAGCUGGAGAACUCGCUGCUGAGGCGGGAGCUGGAGGAGCUCCGAGAGUGUCAGAAGAAGUUCAGAGCUUCUCCUGCUCCGGCCCACAUACACCUGCCACUCUACGAAGCCAUCAGUCGGCGCUCCAACCAAAGCAGCAACCAGGAUGCCAAAACCAACCGGGCCUCUGCUGCCAUCUCGUCUUUCAACUUCCUGGAAAGAGAGAAGAGGAAGAGGGAGGCCAAUAUCGUGGCUCAGCUUGGUCCCAAAGUGGAGCGGCAGGCGUUCAAGGCGAGGCCCGUGCCCACCGUGCCCAGCUUGGUGUCCGGCGGCAGAAACAAGACCACCGGCAUCUGUCCGCUGGAGAGGGAAGCCACAGAAGGCCACAGUUAUUCAAACUCCGACCUGGAGGCAGACGCUCUCCAGUCGGAUGCCUCCUCCGACUCCUCCAGGCCUCAGAGGAGUUCGUCCUCCAAGCUGGUGAAGAAGCACAUAGAGCUGUCCAUUGAGAUGGUGAAGGAGCAGGAGGUCCUACAUCAACCUGCUGACAGCCAACAGCUGCAGCAUCUGCUCAGGGGAGCAGCCGGGAGGCCACAGUGGAGCGUCGGUGCACCGCAAAAACAGCAGUAGCCUCAGGUUUUACUGUGGUAGCUGAGUUUUACUCCACAAAUGAGUCAUUGUGGUUUGUCAUUUUUAUCAUAGGCGACUUUGUCAGACAGUAGUUAAACACAAAAACACACGGGUAGGUGUACAAAGCAUGUUGUUAAAAAAUAUUAGAGCCAAAAACAGAAAAAACAUCAGAUUUUCAAGUCCUAAUCAUUUGUGAGAUGUGGCUCUGUCAAGAAAACUAACCAAAUGUGUCCUUAAAAUCAUGUUACUUCACACAAAUCACUUUUUAUUAUACAUGUCGCAUUUAAAAAUUGACAGACUGGAAUUAGCGGAGUCUGUAAAAUACAGAAAAUUCUGCACUCUUCGGCAAAACUGAGGAGCCAUGAUUGACUCCAGUAUCACAGUCAUGAUAAAAAAUUCUGCAACUUUUCAGCUGUACUGCAGGCUGUGUUUAUAUAGAGCACAUAGCAGACAAGUUUGGACAUUCAAAGUUGAACUUAUAAAAUAUCCAUAGCUUGUAGGACUGGACCCCAACAUCUGGAUAUUCAUCAUUAAUUGAGGCCGAAUAUCCAGAGUCCAGACAUUGCUAUUAGGACCCUCAUAGUUUGUAGAGUUGACAGUUUUUUCCAGUGUUGUUAGUAAAAACUUGUGGGCACUUGUAAAGAUGUUGAUUCCUGUUUUUUUCCAUUAAAAAAUCAAUUAAAUUCAACUUUCUUUUUUUGCUUUUUUCACAAUUUAUGAUUAAUAACU